AUGACGGAGAAGGGGUUGAUAGCCACCGUGCGUGGCUACCCGCGCGCCGUCUUCUACUCGCUGGGAAAUGAGUUCUGCGAGCGAUUUUCGUAUUUUGGAAUGCGGGCGAUUCUGGUGAUCUAUCUGUUGUAUGAGCAUAAUAUGUCGGCAAGGUGAGGUUUACAAUAUAUUUUGACUCUUCCUUAUUUCCGUGUUUAACCCAUAGUUUUCUGUUCAGCAAGGCCUUCCUCGUCUAUCACAUUUUCAUCGCCCUUUCCUAUUUGUCAUCAUUAUUUGGCUCGGUCGCUGCUGACAAUUAUUUUGGAAGAUUUAGAGUUAUCAUAUGGGUAAGUAAAUCUGUCAUCUUGAAAGACUUUUUAAGAUUAGAUGAAAUUUUCUCCACGAAACAGGAACAACUUUAAUUCCAAUUAUUUCAGGGAAGUGUAAUAUACGUUUUGGGGCACGUCUGCCUUUCCUUUGGCGCCGUUCCUAAUCUGGAGCAUUCCGUGAGAUCUCUGUUUGACUUCGGAGGUCUUUUUAUCAUCGCCUUUGCGACUGGCUCCAUCAAACCUUGUGUUAGUGCAUUUGCGGCGGAUCAGGUAAGAUGGUCUACUAUAAGGUUGAUGAAACAAGUUUUUGACGUCGGUUGAAAGUUACUUGGCACAAAUCAUUGCUCUAGGCCAUAAAUCAGUUGCUUUUUUAGACAGGGCCAUGUAAAAUGAGGGGAGGUGGCCAGAUUACUUCAACUCAUAUCCUAAAUUAUCCUUGCUUUCAGUUUGAAGGCCGUGCGGAUGCCGACAAGGAGCGUGAGCGUUUCUUUUCUUUCUGGUACUUCGCGAUCAACGCCGGCUCCCUCCUCGGCAUGAUCUUGACCCCCAUCCUCCGCGGCCGAGUCUCCUGUCUCGGCUCCGACUACUGUUAUCCUCUUGCAUUCGGUGUUCCCGGAGUGUUCAUGCUGUUUGCCUUCCUAAUUUUCCUCAGCGGAGUCCGCCAUUAUCGACGGGUACCCGCAGAUAAGGGAAAUGUAAUCGGGCAGGUUGUGAAAUGCAUCGGAUUCGCGGCCAAGGAGAAGGUGAAGCACGUGGCUAGUGGGAAGAACACGAAGCGGGAACAUUGGCUGGACUAUGCGGACGGGCAUUUCAGUCAUUCUCUGAUCGCGGGAGUCAAGAGUUUGCUGGGAGUGAUUGUAAUGUACAUCCCGGUUGUGUUAUACUCCGCGUUGAACGAUCAAAUGGGGUCCACUUGGCAGGAGCAGAGUAUUAAACUCAACGGAAGAGUGGGGCCUUUCACCAUCCUCCCGGAUCAACUCAAGAUCCUGAAUCCCCUUCUGAUCCUGUUCAUGGUCCCCAUAUUCGAGGCCUAUAUCUAUCCAUGUGUCAGGAAGUUCACUCCGGUUACAUCGUUGAGGAAAAUGGCGACUGGAGGUAUUCUGACGGCAGCGGCAUUUGUUUUGGCUGGAUUUCUGGAGGUAUGAACUUUUUUUAUUGAACUUAGAGAGUAUAUUCGAAACUGAAGUUUCCAAUGUUUGGAGCUCAAAUUUUUAACCACAAAUUUUUGCAGCUCUCACUCCAGCCUUCUCUGGAGCCCUCUCCAGUCGCUGGCCACGCUUUUGUCCAGCGAUUUGGCAACGCGUCCAUGGAUCUCCGGACUCUGAACGGAUUCCCCCUCCAAAUUGGUAAAAAUGAAUGGCAAUCCGGUGAAUAUAUUGUCCAAACAAAUGAUGGGACAAAUAUGAACAUCACUGUGAAGCCUGAGGAGACAAUUGUACUUGGAGUCUAUGAUGUGGAUGGGGAAAUCAAAUCGUUUUCUUUCCCAUAUUCGGUCAAGAAACCUGAAAAUCUUCGAACCCGGCUGUUUUUGUUGGUCCCUCCAGGCUCUGGAUUAAUUGGGAAAUCGCUUUUUAUCUAUAAUGAAAAUGGAAAUCUGGAUCAAGAAGUGAAGAUCGCCCCAGGCAAGAAAGUGGACUUACAACCGGGAUCUGUCAGCUCGCCGAGAUACCGGUUUAAAUAUGGAGAUGGGUGCACCAAGGAGAGUUUGAACUGCCCGUAUGAGAGGUGGGUUACUGUAAUCUCAUCAAAUUUUGAAACAUUUCAACAAACGAGUUUCAAGAUUUAAUUGCAACUUUUUUCAGAGACUUUCGCGCUGACAUGGGAGCCGUCGUGGUGCUCGAUCUCUCGGACAUCACCUCCAAUGGAGAGCAGACAAUAGUCCGUCCAAAUACGGUCAACAUCCUCUGGCAAAUCCCCCAGUAUGUGAUCAUCAGUGCGGGAGAGAUUCUGUUCGGGAUCUCCGGCCUCGAAUUCUCCUAUUCCGAAGCCGCCCCCAACAUGAAGUCGGUGCUUCAGGCCAUGUGGUUGAUGACAACUUUCUUCGGGAAUCUGAUCGAUGCCGCCAUCUCCGGCACCAAGAUUGUUGCAGACCCGGCGGCGGAGUUCUUUUUAUACGCGAGUAUGAUGUUCGCGGUCAUGAUUAUUUUCAUUAUUAUGGCCAUGCGAUACAAGAGUGUGGACAAAAAAGAAUUCGACGAAUUGCCCGCGGAAAAGCCGGAGAUCGACGAUUAA